AUAGCAUGUACGAUGUUACACCCAAAUAAAAGUGAAAUUAAUCAUGUCGAUUCAGCAUCGAGAAACAUAAUCUUGUCGGCGUUUUUGCUGAAGGGAAAAGCUGCUUCUACGUCUGGAUCAGAAUUGCUUUCCCUCGGGUUGUCGAAAAUUGUGGUGGCUUCGUCGAGAGCAUUGUUCUUCGUGCCACGAGCGAUGAAGAGAAUAGACACUGCAGCCUGUAGGUUCAGAACGGGAAGAAGAACAACGACGUGUGGACGUAUAAGAACAAACGCAAAGCUGGAAUUUCUUGGCAUGGCAUCACAGGAUAGGGUUCACAGCGCAAUUAAAGUUAGGUUCAUGUUAGAAAUUGAUCCUUUUUCAGGCUCUUGUAAAAACUAAAUUGUUGGGAGAAUAGUGGUGGUGUAGGGAGAAGGAGACAAUGACGGUGAUGAUUGUGAUGAUGGUGGCACAGACAGUUGUAAUAGAUAUGGAUGAGAGUUGGAAAAGAAUUUGAGUGGUGAUAAAGGGGUUAGAGAUUAG